AUGGCAACAUUCCUCCGCCGCCUCUCCAACCCCUUCGAAAACUGGCAAUACAAAUCGCCCCGCAUCAACGACCUCCUCCCGCAAACCAAAGACCACAUCUUCUCCUGGCAACUGGACGCCCCAGACUUCAGCCGCAUCGACCAGGACACCAUCCUCCGGGCAGGAAUCUCCCCGAACAAGACCUACGCCGCGAAAAUCAUCUCCUCGGCACAGAAACUCGGCAUCAUCGACGCGGCGACAGGACGGCCGGAGACUUCGAAGAUCGACCGUAGUAUGGUCAAGGCGAUGCCGAAUAUUAGCGUGCAGAAGCAGAGGGAGUUGGUCAUGCUGCUGUUCUUCUGGGAGGAGGAGAUUACGCGGUGGAGGCUGUUGGAGGGUGAGGAGGCGGAGAUUCGGGGGAGGUUGGAGGAGGAGGGGGAGUGGAGGGAGGGGGCGAGGAUGGAGCUGGAGCAUGCGCUGAGGGUGGUGAGGGCGAAGAAGAGGGUGCUGCCGAGUUUGAGGGAUCAGAGUGGGAGGGUGUUUCAGGGUGGGGAGGAGAGGUUGCCGAGUUAUGCUGAGGCUAGGGCGGGGAGGUAUGGGUCUGUUUGA